AUUGACAAUGUCUGGGGAUUCAAUACUUGGAUGGUCUAGGAUGUUUCUGCCUUUUACUCUGAUAUGGAUUCUUUCAUCUACAACAGUUGAAUGUCAGGAGUGUCGUACAUCAGGGUUGAAUGUGUUUGGUGGCUAUCAGUAUGUCGUCUACCAUAGUUUAGAUGGUAUCGGCAGGAAAUUCUCUGAAACACGUGCACACUGCCAAAGCUUAGGUGGUGACAUGCCAAUCAUUACAUCAGCUGAACAAAAUACUUUCAUUGCCAUGAGAUUAACGGAGGGUGAUGGUAACUAUUACAUCGGCUUAGAAGACAUGGAUGACGAUGGUACAUACAGAUGGAUUGAUGGAACGGCCCCUGGGUAUGUAUCAAUCAUCAUCGUGAUAUAA